AUGCAAAGCUCAAAAUGUAUCUUCAGCACGGCUGCAGCUCUGCAGCGCACUUUCAUCACGCCCUUUGAGCAACGACAGCUCCAAUUUGUAUUCCAAUCCUCCCGCGCAAGCUCCCUGUGCAGACAAGCUCCUCGGCUCCUUUCCCCUCUCGCUCGACAGCAACAAAAACGAUAUUACUAUGUGGCCGGCACCAACCCAGUCAAAUCGAGGCUCCCUCAGAACGAUGAAAUUAAAGCUUUCUCCGUACAUUUGGUAAAUGAGGAUGGCACGUUAGGAGAACUACACCGAACACGAUUUUUACUCGACAGGCUGGUCAAAGGAGAAGCCCUGAUAAUGGUUGCGGAAGCGGAAGCCGGCCGCCCUCCCGUCUGCAAAAUCAUAAAUCGCAAAGAGCAGGCCGCUGCAGACCGCGAGAAAAAGAAAAAAGCGCAAGCGACGAAAGACCCAAGUUCAACGGUUAAGAACAUCGAGCUGAACUGGGCUAUUGAAUCUAACGAUCUGGGACACCGGAUGGACAGGCUCAAGGAGUUUUUGGGGAAGGGAUACAAGGUUGAUUUACUGCUGCAGAAGAAGAGGAAGGGAAGGCCUACGACUAUGGAGGAGGCACAGGAAUUGGUGAAUACGGUUAAGCAGACGGUGGAGGAUGCUGGGGGGAGGGAGUAUAAGGAGAUGACGGGCGAUUUGUUGCGGCAGGUUAUGCUGUUUACUGUGGGAAAGGUACAGAAAUAG